AUGUCGUCUCCUUCCCCAUCCCUCACCCUCUACAACGGACCAGGGUCCUGCUCGCUGGUCCCUCACAUCCUGCUCAACCACCUCUCGCUGCCUUUCCAGACCGUCACCAUGGCCUUUGCCACGCGCGAAGGCGGCAAGUGGGCAGCGGCCGACGGGUCCAUGACGCACGCUGAGUACGUGCGCAAGGUCAACCCGGCAGGUCUUGUCCCGGCGCUGGGAGUCGGCCACGGCGGCGACGUGAUCGUCGAGAUGGCGGGGCUGCUGAACUACAUCGUGUUGCUCGCGGGCGGCGACCGCGCCGAAGGCCUGCUCGGCCGCACGACCUUCGAGAAGGCGCAGGUCGCCCAGUGGACGGCGUUCCUGAGCGGCACGCUGCACGGGCAGGGCUUCGGAAGCCUGUUUCGGCCGCAGCGGUUCGUGGGCGACGAGAGGUCGCUGUACGAGAUUGUCAGGGCCCAGGGCAGGAAAACCAUCGAGGUGGCGUUCGGCCGCAUCGAGGAGCGGCUGAGGCAGGGUGACGGGCGUAGGUUCAUGGUCGGCAACGAGCGGACGGUCGUGGAUUUCUACAUGUACGUGUUCUACCGGUGGGGCUGCGAAAACGGGUUCGACAUGCUGCAGAAGUAUUCUGAGUACAGCCGCGCUGCCCAGGAGCUUGAGGGGGUAGAGGCCGUCAAGGAGACAUUGAAGCUCGACGGAUUAAAGGCGUGCUUCCAUGAGGAUGGUGAUAGUGCAGCAGCUGCAUUGUAG